CAUUGCUUCUCACUCACACGCACACACUCACUCGUGCGUUCGUGCGUGUUGUGUCAAGUCUGAACUCUCUCUCUCUUUCUCAUUGUUUCUUCGAAGCAGUGGGUUCAUAUCUCUCCAUGGGAAACAUUUUCUAACACAAAACAACACGAGAGGAGGAGGAGGAAGAGGAGGGGCAAGAAGAAGAUAUGCUGCUUGGAAAGCGCCCUCGCCCACCGAUUAUGAAACGAACUACCAGCAUGAGUGGUGGCAUGGCCGUGGAAUCGCCGACAACCGACGAGGAACUCGUGUCUGAUAACCCUCACCGUGAUCACGAGCCUAACAUCAAAGUCGAUCCACUUGUCGUUGCCAUGGGAAGACAUAAUGAAUCUGCGCCUGAAAAUGUUUCUGAGGCCAAAGGGUCAUCUUAUGAAUUAUAUGGGCAACGUUUGAUGGGCAUGAGCGUACCACUUUCCCCGACAACCUCAAAUAACCCUCGUCACAGUCACAACCACACAACAAACACUGUCAUAAACACUUCUCACUUUCUUCGGACUUGCGGCCUCUGCAAGUGUCGCUUGGCACCUGAUCGACGAGACAUCUAUAUGUAUAGGGGGGAUACUGCAUUUUGCAGUUUGGAAUGUAGGGAGAAGCAGAUGAAGCAAGAUCAGAGAAAAGAAAAGUGGAAGGCAGGGUCUAACAAGGAGCACCACCGUGCAUCACCACCUGGCAAGGCUUCCACCAAAAGUGAAACGGCUGCGUGUAAUUGAAAGUCAUCAGAAAAUAAUAAACAUAAUCAAUUAAUUAAGGUUAGUAUAUAUUUGAAGAGGGAGGUAACUGGUGUGUCAUCAUGUGCACUCACGACAAGGCUAUCCCUUAUCUAUAUCUAUCUAUCUAUCUUCUUCUUCUUCAUCCGUACCUCUCGUGGUGUUCCAUAUAUGGUUCUUAAUUUCACACCUACGGUACUAAUUCUUAUUCCCAUACUUCUGAUACCAAAUUGUACAAAAGGUGUGCUAAAUGUUGCUGUAUUAUUGCCUAUGUCAAUUUUAAUAUCUUUCAAUAUCUAAAAUUCCCCCCUUUAUA